GGGCCCCUGUGCUUUUGCGGGGGACCUAGCUCUAGUUGCGCCAUGGCCUUCAACGCGGAGCAGCGCGCGGAGUUCCAAGAAGCCUUCGACCUCUUCGCCGAUGCGGGGAGGCUGCCCAGCCGGCAGCUGGUCUCGCUCUUGCGGAGCUUGGGCCAAAAUCCCACGCAGGAGGAGGCGGCGAAGGUGAAGGCAGAUGCUGGGGUGGGAGACAGCAUCCAGUUUGACGACUUUCUCUCCAUCAUGGAGGUCAUGGUGGAGGACAGCGAUCGCCGCGAGGACGAGGAGCUUCGGGAGGCCUUUGACGCCAUCGCGAACGAGGGCCUUGUGCGCAUGUCCGACAUCCGCAAGACCUUGGACGGCCUGGCCGCGAAUUUGCCUGUGUCGGACCACGACAUUUACGAAAGGCACGAAAGGCCCACGGAGGAAGAGGAUAAGGAGCUGGACUUUGACGCGUUCAAGAAGAUGCUUGCAGGUUAGAUAUGUUCACGGCCGGUCCACACGAGCGAGCAGGAUCCCAACC